CAGGACUGCAGUUCCGUUUCCGGCAGUACAGGAACGUAAGCAUGUUGCGGGACGAGUGAACACGAAGGAAAAUGAAGAAGUAGUUUGAUGGGAAAUAAAUAGCUAUAUUUGUGAGAUGUUUCGAGCAUACAAAAGCAACGAUUUGUACAGUCGGUGAUUGAAACGAAGACGCAGAAAGCCGAAAACAGCCUACUCCACGGGAAUGCUUUUCCUGCACCGUUCAUCUGCUUUGUUUGUACAGUGUUCAGCGCUAUAGAGGCAAGUGGAAGUGAGGACAUUGAGGAUUAUCGAUAAAACUGUCCCUCAAAUCAAGACCAUCUUUCUCCAGAGGAUGCGUCAUGUUACGGUGAUACGGCAUUGACCAUAGUAUACACUAAUAGAGUAUUAACAUAAAUUAAUAAAAUGAAACGAAUGAAAUACCAAAGGGAAAUUAGGUCUGAAGGCGUAAGAGUGAGUUCCCCUGAGCUACCUGAGGGAAUGUACAGAGGUGACACCAGGGCCAGCAGCUCUCCAGAUGUAGAUGUACGCUACCAUUUGCGAAAUCGAACCAUUUUUGAUUUCAGAAAAUGUGAGAAGCGUGAUGCUUCAGAUAAAAAUGUGUCCAUGACAGAAGCAUCCUCUGUACAUGAAAUGAGUCAUUGCACUCAGACCAAGUACUGUCUUAGAAAUGUGCUGAUUGACACUUCCAGAAGCAGGGCUUCGAGUGGCAUCCCUAAUUUCACUCCACAACUACAGACAGUAUCAACAGAUAUUACCCAUUCUAUAAAUGAAACUUUUGAGCAUGAACCCAGUAUCACAAGACUUCCGAAUGAACUGCUGACUAUGAUCUUCUCUUACCUUAAUGUGCGAGAGUUGAGCAUGGCAGUUGCACCAGUUUGUAAACAAUGGUACCUUAUCGCUCACAGUCCGGUCCUUUGGAGGAAACUCUGUUUUAGUGGAGAUGGAUUAUCCACAGAGAAUGCCAAGUGUCUACUUACAAAAUCUCCUCUUCUUGCUGAAGUGAUCAUCUCAAAUAGGGAUGAUGUCGAAGAAUUGAUAAGUCAGUUAUGUACAACUAAUCGUUCAGUGGAAUCCGUGGCUGUUAAACGAUGUUCGAAGUCAGAAGUGCUGAACUCGUGGGAAUGGGCAUUAUUGCAUGCCAGACAUUUAAAUAGAUUGAUAAAAUGCUGCCCAAAAAUACGACGUCUCAAACUAAAUGAAGUCUGCAUCCGCAGUAACAAGUUUUAUCAUGAUCUCGGCAUCCUCCUGCCCAACCUCACUUGUCUUCAUUUAAGCCAUAAUCAUUUUCUAACACCUAGACAGAUCAAAAAUAUUGCCACUAAUUGUCACAACCUUGCUCAACUUUGGAUCAGCGGAGAAAAUUGUUGUGGUCAGAAGGAAGACUGGGAGAGUGCUUAUAAAACUUUGUUUCAGCAACGUUGGAGGACUCUCACUCACCUCCAGUUCGAUGCUUCUAAACUCACAGAUGAUGUUUUCAAGGAGCUUUCACUCUGCGUGAAUCUUAAGAUACUGCACCUGCAUAGGGCAGUUUAUCUUUUCUGCCUAGGAAUGAGUGCUAUUGGCACGCUGCCAAACCUGAUAUCUCUGCGACUUCAUAAAGCAAAGCAUCUGUCCAGUGAUACGUUGCUUGUGUUGUACCAAAAUGGGAAUUUCGAAAUCUUAGUGAAUCUGAGUCUUGCAGGGUGUAGCUGUGUCAAUGACGAAUGUGCAGCAGCAAUUGCAUUACACUGUCGACAUCUUCAUUUGCUGUCCCUAGCUCUUGUUGAAGGUAUUACUGACAAGGGUAUUGAGGCUAUUCUCAAGCACUGUACUUCGCUACAUUACCUUGACAUAUACUGCAUGAAGAAUGUUACCGGAUCAUCAUUUUCUUAUAUUUCACAUUAUGCUCGUGAGUUAAAUUUCCUUGUUGUUGAAGAGUCGUGUAGUGAUGAAAAAGAAAAAAAUAUAAAGGCAUUAUUAGCAUUCAGUUCAAGUCUGAAGGUCCAUCGUACACAGACGUGGAAAACUGGUGGAACAUAUCGAUGCAAAUUACUCCAGUAUCAUAAUGUUGUUUAAUGAUCUAAGUCAUUUGUGUGAAAAAAAAAUUGAAAACACCAAGGUGGCUGGCUGUCAUGAUGUAUUGCAGGUAAUAAGAGAAAGAAACAAUAUUCUCGAAAAACAUGCAUAUUUGAAAUGAUUUAUAGUGUGUUUGUUUCAUGAAUCGAAAAUAAUAGGAUACUUAAAAUUUCCCAAACAUAGGAACUUGUGACAUUAACUGGUGUCAGUAAAUGUAAAUUUAUAAGUUAUUUUACUACUAAAAAUAUACUUAAUCUUCAAGGCAAACAUGUCAUAACAUUUGAAGCACUGUUUACAUAGUGAAGCGCAGAAAUCUGCAAGUAAACCUUGGACAUUUGACUGCAUUGCUAAGGCUGUAUUAAUCCCCUGUCACUCUUAUAAUUGGCACUGUAUGUCCAGGUUAGAAGCACUUAAGUAAUCAAAGGGCUAAAAUUAUUUGGAAAAUACCACCAAGCCAAAGGUCUGGUUGUACACCAUGCUAAUGAGUAAAAGCUUAGUAUUAGGACAUCUUUGUUCAUAGAUAUUAGGCUAAUGUGUCCUAGUUGAACUAUCAUUUCCUUGGCCAUCCCAAUCACCUUCUGUGGGCUUUGAAUUUUGUUACUAUUUUCAUAAUUGUGUUACCUCCUGUGUGACUUAUUUGUGCCCGCCAUUUCCCUCUCUCGUCCUCGACCUUCAUAUUUUGAACUUCAGUUGGGUUCUUAUAUUAUCAAACAGACUAUAUCCAGCCAUUCAUCUCAGAAAUUUCUUUUAUGUUGUUGAUGGUAGGACAUGAAAAGCUAAAAUCAAGUAUCAGUUUUCCUUUUUAGUGCUAUAAUGUACCACUUUUUAAUGUGGGUGUUUGAAGAUGGCUGUGUAUGAAGUAUGACUACUUAUUAUAUUAUAUAAAUGUUGGAAACAAUGUGGAAAAGAGAUCUAUUUGAAGUUCUUUGCUAUUGACAUUUUUGGUUUGAUUCUGAACUGCCUUCUCAUUCGAAACUAAAUCUGUGACAUUAAGCUUUCACAAGACCCAGGAACAAUGGUUUCAUAUGUUAGUAUACUUUUUACUGCUUUCAAGUUACUUCAUAUAUUCGACCCAGUUAUGCAUCAUAUAUUAAUUUCAUACUUGGAGAUAAGAGGACUUGAACUUAAACUCCACGGUUUUAGUCCGCAAGUGAACUAUACCGACCUGGCGACACCCUUUAUCCGCUAAAGUUGGCACUGACUUCGCUGACAAGUAGCGGUUGCUAGGUCGAUAAGAGGACUAAACAAUCAAAUUUUCUCUCUGAUCUCAAUAAUGAAUCAGAUAAAUUUUUAUCUCUCCUGUAACUAGAGUGGUCCAUCCAUCCAUCCAUUUCAGUGAAUCAGAUAUCUUUCACCUGUUGGAAAAGUAUAUUCAUUAUGCUGAAAGCUCAGUAGCAUUAUGUGUCAUUUAAUUUCUCUGCUGCGCCUUGACAGGGAGAUAUUAUUUCCAAGUGUUAUUACUUAAGUGUGAAUUCUGAAAUGACAUUAGAAGUUAGUCUUAUUGUAAUUAAUUUAUGUUGUGUUAAUAGUAUUAAUUUCACCUUUCCUCAUGUUUUC